AUGUGUGCUGCAAUCGAACCUCGAAAAGCAUCCAAGCAUACCCGUUGCAUUAAUAACGCUGGGCUACAAUCCUCCGAUGUUGGAUGUACAAUACGAGGUGCUAUACGUACCGAAGAGCAGAACUUUUCCGCUUGUGGACGGUUUUUUCUUCGUUGGUGCACCGCGGAGGACGAUGGUUGCGGUGCAGGUGUGACGACGAGGGCUGAACAUGGCACCAAAACCAGCACGGUGAGGCAGUUCAACAAUCUUCCACGGAGUUAUUUUAAUGACUGGGAAACGUUUGCGGAAGGCUUGUCGUGGGGGAUUAUUUACGUGCAGCAUGAGGACAGUACGACAAUAAACGCGUAG